GCGCAAAAAUGGCUGCGGAAGGCGAUAGAGAAGAAACCAGGGGACGAUGGCUACUUCGACGCCUUCGCACUCCAAGAGACGCACCUUGGGCACGACGAGGUCGAGCUGCACGAACAGACUCUACACAACAUGGGGUUGAAAGCAGUCGCAAGUUUCACUUUGAUAAUUAUCAGUAAUUACAUAGACGGCAACUGUGCGAUCCUGAAUGGCACCAACGGCCGCAAGAUCGCCACGCUCACGAGUUCCCUCCUCAGCAUCAGUCAACCAUGGGUCAUUGUGGGAGACUGGAACCACACGCCGAAGCAGGCAUGGGACACUGGUUGGCCCAAGCAGAUCGGAAACAAGGUAAUGGCCUUGCCAAGUGACUCAUGCAUCUGCUUCAAGCGCGGCAGCGAACAGUCGCUCAUAGACUUCGCACUGGUCAGCUCCCAAGCGGAGCGCCACAUCAGCCACGUCACGGAGAUCAGGGACGUACUUUGGAGGCAAAGGGACAUCACAAAGUGCAGCAUGAGGCAGGCCAUCCACCACAGGAGCCAGCACAACAACUCCAAAUCCAACGACGACAAGUACAGCAACGGGCUGAGGCAGCGCGAUGGGAAGCACUCACGCCACGUGGAUGGUAUCCAGAUCGGCGGCCAGGAGGAGGACAUCGACCCCUUCGACGAGCUCGGGCGCCACCUGGACAUCGAGGAGAGCGAGCGCAUGCAGCAGGACAGCAGCGGGGGCCAGGAGGACCCCAAGCAAGCACAACGAGUAGCGGUGGCUCUACUUGUACAACUUGGAGGAGACACCGACCAAGAGGACGAGACGGAGCACAGCCCACCGCAAGUGCAGUACAAGGCAGAGCAAGACAUACCCACCACUUGCAUGGACGACCUCUGGCACUGCAUGACGCCGAUACCGACGCACGCUACCACCGCGAGCACCACACCACCCACAAGAAUUACGGAGAGCGCAGCAUACAAAGCCACGGAGAGCGAGACCGUGGUGCUAGGGGCGCAGCGCGCGAGGCCCAUGCAGGACAUGGAAAACCUUUACUGCGCGGUCUACCACAUCCCGAUCAAAGAAAGGAAAUUGCCCAAGGGAAGAGGACUACCGAACGAGCUCAAAUGCAAGGAGCAGAAGGAACGAGAACCCAGACACGCACGCUACACGGGCCACAACGCAGACGGGUGGCACAGGACGGCAAACACCCUGAACAUCAUCGAACAGCUCAAGAAGCGCAACCGAGGGAAAGAAAUGCAGGACAGGGCAGCCACGACGUGCAGGCUGCUGGCGGUGGAGGGACUACCACCGCUCGGACAUCAAGCAUCGGCAACGGCAAGGUUACACAGGAAGAUAUGGAAGACAAGGCUGCUCAACAUAGACAAGCAGGACAUCGACAUACUAGAAGGCAUGCGGAUGCAAGCAGAGCAACAAGCACACACAGCGCCCAAAGAGGACAUCGCGAAGGGCAGAAAGGCAUACAUCAAAUGGAUCACGACGGCAGCCAAGGAACCGCCAGGGAAAAUGCACACCAUCACGACGGACGGGAAGCGCUGCGAGCAGGAGCUCUUGCACAAGCUGGACAAGAAGCACUCACCGAUGGGCAAGAUGGGCACCAAGCUUGCAAUAUUUGAGAGCAUCUGGCACAAAGGACACACCACU